UAACCUGCUUCACAUCAAUGUGAGACAGGCUGGAAUCCACAUGAAGUCAAUGCUGAUGGAAAGCUACAAACAGGCAAUGAUCCCUGCAUAUGUAUGAUGGGAUUGGGGUGGCUUUUGGAGAGCAUUUGGCAAGUGUGCAUGGUGAAUGAGGCAGGGACAUGUGUGGACACAAUGGAGUGCUUCAACUCAAGGUCAAGGAGCUGUUGGUAGUGGAUGGAAUAAUGUUCAAAAGAAGAGUGGAUGUUACAGGUACUCAAUUUCACAGGAAAAGAUGUGCAAAUUUGCUGGACCAAACAGUCUGGUGGGCAACACUCCACUUGUGAACCCCGGACAGUGGCUGAGGCACAUGGGGAGAACAGACAGGGAGAUAGAGCAGCCAUUCUCAAUGGGGAUUGUUAUGCGGAGAUUGGCCCCACAUAAUGGGUUUAUCCUGCAUUUCAAAUGGUAAUAUGCAGGUAUACACAUAGGGGGGGAACAUCAAAGAAGAAGGGACGGCACCGCCGCUAAUUUGCAUAACGUCAGUAGGGGACCGCACUGAGAUUGAUUCCGCGAACGCGCCUGAAUACGGUGAGUGAACUGUCUCUGGACGCAACAGUGCUUCUCACCAACUACACAGGUACGUUGUUUGCUCUCUAACGGGUGACAGGAAACACCUACAAAUGGCUAACCCCUCUGCUACUCAGAAGGUCUCGAUCAACAUUGGGCACUCUUUCCCCGUCCCUCAAGUGUUUCUGCCUCAGAUCAACCACGCGUUGAUACAGCUGGAAACGGAACUCGGUAUGGCAACCCACUACCCGACCUUCGCCGCUCCGUUCUACUACCUUCGGGAACGUGAAGCACAAGAUGGCGUGAAUCGAGCUUACGAACAUUUGGUGCAGGCCAGGGCAGUGGAGAGAGACGUUGAGCGGGGGAUCAGAGCUUUGAGAGGUGGGCCGUCGAUGAGCCAUGGUUCUUACGGUUACGGAUACGCUGCUAAUCACCCGGGCCCCAACUAUCCGCCUCCUCCUCCCACUUGGCCUCCUUCCCAUUCGACAUAUCCCCCUCCUCUCCAGCACGACAACUCUCAGAACGCUCUCGGCGGGAACAUGAUCCACAUCGAGCAACACCAAAACGCAAACGACUUCGACUGCAUGGCCGAGAUGAAGAAAUGGUUGAACUUCCUGUCGUUCGGAAAGUUGUGCGGGGUUCCUGUGUAAGAAUGAGAAGAGGAUGGACAAGCGGAACGUUUAGUUAAAACGGUUUGUGAUGGACACUGGGGAUGGAAACAUUUAACGUUACCCUACCAUGUCAUAUAUCUGUAUGCACUUUACCAUGUGAUAGUAGUGUCGUGAAUCAACCUGUACCGAAC